AGCAAGAAAACUUUAGCCACUGACAACAAAGAGUCUGUUUAUUGAUGCAAGCAGAGUAUUGUCACAGAAUUAAGACAUGGACCAGUUUUCCUUGGGGGACCCCUCAACAACCGACUCCUGGGGUCACCAUAAUGGAAAGACAUUCAGCACAUACUGGGAGGCCACAAUGAAGUUCGAGAACGUGCUCGCCGAUAUUAAUGGAUUUGGAAGAUUUCAGAUAAUGAUUAUUGUCAUCAGCUUCAUCGGGCGCUUCACUCUGCCCUGCCACUUCAUGCUAAACAACUUUGUGGCGGCUGUUCCCUCCCACCACUGCGACAUCAGCUCUAUGGAUGACGGGGGUCUUUUUGGGAAUUUGUCCCACGAAGAGAGGCUUAUUGUCAGUAUUCCAGUCCAGAGGGAUGGAACUCCAAGCUCCUGUCAGAUGUUUGCAGGGCCUCAAUAUCAUCUGCUGCUCAACUCCUCCAACAUCUCUGAGCUACCGACCGUGCCGUGCCAGACCGGAUGGGUGUACGAUAACACCACCUUCAAGUCUACGCUGACCUCAGAGUGGGACCUGGUGUGUGACAGACGAGGGAAAAACAAAGCAACUGCUACCAUCUUCUUUAUCGGAGUGAUGUUUGGAGCCAUGACCUUUGGGAGUCUGAGUGACAGGUUUGGCCGAAGGAUCAUGCUGCUGGUGUCGUAUGUGUCAGGGAUGCUUUUUGCUGUUGUAAGCGCCUUUUCUACAACCUACGUGAUGUUUGCCGUGCUGAGGUUCUUCACGGGGUUUUGUAUCACUGGCAUCGUCAUUGUCUCAUCAGUCCUCAGCGUGGAGUGGGUGGACAUCGAGCACAGGAAACUGGUGGGAGUGAUCGACAGCUUAUCCUGGACAUUUGGAAACACAGUUUUUGCACUUAUUGCCUACUUUGUUAAUGACUGGCGGUGGCUAAUUGUGAGCGUCACCUCACCUCUAAUCUUGGCCAUCAUCACAUGGAGGUGGAUGCCAGAAUCUGCAAGGUGGCUCAUUGCCAAUGGAAAGCUGGAGCAAGCUCAGAUGUAUCUGAAGAAAUGCGCCAAAAUGAACCAAGCAGAGAAGUCUGUUGAUAAACUCAAGACAGAGGUGUUAUCAACCAUUGUUGUGACUGAGAAAAGAGAUCGGGCCUAUUCAUACCUCGAUCUCAUGCGCACACCCAAAAUGAGGAAACUGGCCCUGUGCACUGGCACAGUGUGGUUUUGUGUGGCAACCACAUUUUAUGGCAUCAGCUUCAACAUCACAGGCUUUGGGCUCAACAUCUAUCUCACACAGUUUACCUACGCUUUGAUUGAGCUCCCAGCCAAGGUGUCUGUUUACUUCUUACUGGAUAAGAUCGGCAGACGAUCCACUGAGGUGGGAGCUCUGCUGUUGGCUGCCAUCUCUCUUGGAAUCAACAUUGUGGUACCUAAAGACAUGUCUGUUGUCAGAACUGUGGUAGCCGUCAUUGGAAAAGGGUUUUCUUCAGCGUCCUUUGGAACUAUCGUGCUCUACAGUUCUGAGCUCUAUCCCACUGUAGUGAGGCAGAAUGGUAUGGGCUACAAUUCCUUCAUGGCUCGACUUGGCGUAGCCGUGGCUCCGAUGAUCCUCCUGCUGGACGAGGUGUGGAAGGACCUGCCUCAGGUCGUCCUGUGCUCUGCAGCUGUACUGGGGGGAUUAGUGGCAAGGACGCUGGCAGAGACUCGCAAGCGGUGCCUCCCAGAGACCAUAGAGGAUGUUGAAGAGCAUUGGUAGUGUAAACAGUUCCUGGCAUCAGUGUGUGUUCAGUCAUGUGGUUAUUUCAAGUACUUCAGUUUGUGUCUGUUAUUUGAUCUGAGUAUUGGUUAGUUUGAAGGAUUUUUAAACUGUAAGGAACACUGUGCUCUUUCAGUAACACAGAAGUUUGUAAAUAGUAAAACAGACUUUCAGUAAAUAAGACCUAGGAUAACAUAAUGCUUUAUUAGUGCCACAACAGGGAAGUUAAUAUUGUUACAGGAACAAAGGGGAUAGCAAAUGGUGGUAUAAGACAGUGGUUCCCUACCUUUUAUUUUACCCUGUAUAACAGACCACAUGGUGCCUCAUGGUCCAAAUGCAGACCUUUGAUCAUUCUGUCAGUAGUUUGAUCAUUUGCCGUUAGUUAUGACUGUUGUUUGUCCAAAAAAUAUUUGUGAGUAUUUCUGAGAAAACUUUUUUUUUUUUAAAGUGCAUUGUUUUAACUUUAAAUUCUGAGCUUUACAGGUAAAAUAGUCUCAUAAUCUGGCACUUUUGUUCAAAUCUCGCCCUUCCAAAAGAAGUAGUUGGACAGACCAGCUUUCCAGUUGUAUUUAUGAUAACUCGCAAACUUUUGUCAGAGGUUACAGUCAGUACAUCUAUGAGUAUUUUAGCCUCAAGAGUGAUGUUUUCUUUCAAGACAGUAUAUUUUUUUUAUUUUCUGUCCCUUUGAAUGCAACACUAUCCAGUGUUACAAAAUCCAAGAAAAAUGUAAACACAAUUUUGUACAGCAGUGAAGUUUUUCUCUUUCAACCACUUUUAUCUUGUGAUCUUUCAAGAGGGAACCUCCAUUUUUAGUCCAACUGUGUACAAUAUGAGCUAUUGUGAUAAAGUAGUGUUUUAGAGAAAAGUGCUUCCGACCUGAUUUCAUUACCUGCCAAACUUGAACCAGAACACACUGUAAAUUGUUUAUCUGUACAAUGUGUCAUAUACUGAGCUCCAUGUUGGGCAUUGUAUAAAACUUGGGUUGAACUCUAACAAAUUGACUGCUGAGAAUCAAAGAACUACUCGAAUGACGCACAUAACUCCAUCAGGGCCAACGGCCCCCACAAUUCAAUCAAUAUGAAAUAAAACACUGAAAACCA